UACACAGUUAUCGGAUCAGCAUGUAUUUAUUUCGCUGUAUUUUAACUCUAACACUCUUCUUCUAUGUGACAUGUUUUGAUCAGAAAGACUAUCGAUUGAUUUUAGAUCGAAUGGCAAAGGUUGAGAGUGAAAACGCUGUAUUGGGGAAGCUCUUGACACAGUUAAAUGAAGAAAAUCAAGAACUUCGUGAACGCGUGACGAAAUUGGAAGGAAGACACAGCAUCUAUUCCAAGCUUCCACCUGAUCUUAACAACACUGGAGGAAACCAGAGGUUAAAAAGGCAAGAUCUUCCCUACGGCACCGUGGCUUUUUAUGCUGCACUAUCAAGGACAGUUGCUAAUCUCGGGGUUAAUCAGAACAUCGUCUUUGACCAUGUGAUCCUAAACGAGGGCAAUGGCUACAGCGGUCAUGCUGGAGAUUUCAGAGCGCCGGUUACCGGAAUCUACGCGUUUUCCGUGUCCCUUCAGAGUUACUACGGUCAUUCAACACAUUACACGAUUAUGCAAGGAACCACGUUAGUAGGUAAACUGUACGUCGACGGCCAUGCAGCGGGAAUGGAGAAUUCUGGGAUGAGUUUUGUCCUUAAACUUCAGAAAAACGAGGAUGUGUCAGUGAAAAACGCCGACCUGGGUGAAAAUCUUCACGGCGACCACUACACCUCGUUCAGUGGGUUUCUGGUGGCAGAAAUAGAGGACAACCCUGUUGUGGGUUAAAAUGUAAUUGCAUACGUUGUUAAAUAAAGGUGUACGGUUAUCUUUUUAUCUUUCAAACGUUUUAAAAUCAAUUAUCUCUGUUUCUUCAAAUAGUCGUGUUGUGUUCAUAAGAAUUAUUUUCCUGUAAAGAAAUACAUUUUGGAAAAAAUGA